AUUGCAGAUUUAACGAUAUCGCCCCCUGUCUGAGGAGGAAGGCAGUACAGUGGCUGUUUUAAAGUGGGGCAGCGGCACGGUUGUUAUGGAGAAGCUUUACCCCGACAUGGAGCCGCUCCUCGGGGCAGAACCGGGCCGAUUAAUGGGGGUAUGACUUCGCCCGGGCCUUACGCACAGCUUUUAAGAGAAACAGAUACUGAUCCCACACAGGGGAUUAUUCCACCACCAGAUAUACAAAUGUCCCAGCUUUGGGUCGUGUCCCAAAUCCAAAGCCUGAGCAUGGCCGUGCUUCAUUUUCACGCCGUAGACGAUCAGAUCAGCGUCCUGGAUCCAAAAACCCCUGAUCUCCUGAAGAACGCAGACCUGCUGUGAGAAUUGCUGCUGUGAAUUUUUUUUUUUUUUUCUCUCUUGAAGGAAAAAAUGGCAGAACGUCUUUGAACGUCUCUAGAGGAGCCAAGGAACAUAAGGAGAACAAGCAGGCCACGACAUUUGUCCUAUCCUACAAAAUCGCUAUAAGUAAUGGCAAAGGAGCAGGAACACGAGGAGCCUCGCGAGAUGUCCGAGAAGGUCAGAUCUUCGCUCUCAGAUCACAGUUUAUUCUUCUGAAGUUGAAGCGAAAGGGGCCGAAUGUCAUCAGGCUUCUGUUCAGUCGACACGUUUCUCUUCUUCACCUCGCGGUGGUUCCGUUCAUUUCAGCUUCAUUUCAGCGGCCACGUCCCAAAUCGCCAAAAAAAACCCAAAGGAGCGAAAUCUCAUUUGUGACUUGCACAACUGGAGCAGGACCACAAGGAUUUCUGGAAUCAGAAAUGAUCUCAAGAUACCUUCAUGUAAGAGCUGUGUGUGCGCGCGUGUGUGUGUGUGUGUGUGUGUGUGCGCGCUCACUACACAGAGUAUGACGUGAUGCCCCGUACGCAAUGGACUUGAAGUCAGAGCGCAAACAACGUUUAAAGUAUUGGCACCCGGAUUAAAACCAGAACCAUUUCAAAACCAAUCUGAGGGAACUUGAUGACGUUCUCCACGCUGCUUCCUUUUUUAUUUCAGGGUUUUGGUUCAUUUUCGGGAAAAUUUCCAGGACGUGGAUCACUGUGCACUUUUCAGAUUUCAAACUUCAGAACAUUUCCUGUAAAAGAAAAAAAAAUAUAUAUAUAUAAAUAUACAUUUUAUAUUUUUUCCAUCGUGUGGAUUUUUGGUUUACUUUCCCAGCAGAAGAAGGUCAGAAGAUUUCCGAACCGUCUCCGCUGUCGCGGGAACGACGAGGAGCGAUCUUUUAGAAAUCUUUCAUCCAGAAAUCGGAGCUUGUAGCGAGCGGAUUCUGGGAGAUAGUUUUUCCCGGGAAUGGCGGAGCACAGAGAGCUGCUGGCCGAGAUGACUAGCGUGAGCCGCCUCUCCACCACGGACCGCCUGAAGCACGCGCAGAAGCGCCGGGCGCAGCAGCUGAAGGGCUGGGCGCAGAUGGAGAAGGAGACGGCGCGCGCGGGGAAGAACAACGUCACGCGCAAGAAGAGUGACGCCGCGAAGAAGGGCAAGAAAGGUGGCGAGAAGAAGGUGAGGUUCCCCAGCAACAUCACGCUGCUGGAGGCCGCCGCCCGCAACGACCUCGACGAAGUGAGGGAGCUGCUCAAGCGUGGUGUUAGUCCAGACCUGUUUAAUGAAGACGGACUCACAGCUUUACACCAGUGCUGUAUUGAUGACUUUGUGGAAGUGGUGCGCUGUCUGCUGGAGUCCGGUGCGAACGUGAACGCGUGCGACAGUGAACUCUGGACUCCGCUGCACGCUGCCGCCACCUGCGGACACACGGGCCUCGUCCAGAUCCUCGUCAAGGCUGGAGCGGAUCUGCUGGCGGUGAACGCAGACGGGAACAUGCCGUAUGACCUGUGUGAGGACGAAGCCACACUCGAGCUCAUUGAGGUCGCAAUGUCCGAGCAGGGCAUCACUCAGGAGCAGAUAGACGAGUGCCGCGCUGCCAAGGAGAGAGUGAUGCUGACCGACGUCCAAGCACUGAUCGACCGAGGAGACAACCUGAAUGCCAAGGACCAACAUGGGGCCACUCUGUUACACGUAGCGGCAGCUAAUGGCUACUUGUCAGUUGGAGAGGUGCUGCUGGAGCGCAGAGCGAAGGUGGAUGAGACUGAUGCAGACGGAUGGACACCCCUACAUGCUGCCUCCUGCUGGGGACAGAUGCAAAUGGUGGAGCUUUUAGUGGCUCACGGUGCGGAUCUAAAUGCAAAGUCUCUGCUGGAUGAAAGUCCUCUGGAUGUGUGUAUGGACGAGGAGGUGAGGGCGAAGCUCCUGGAGCUGAAACACAAACAUGAUGCCAUCAUGAAGAACCAGGACAAGCACAAGGGCUCACUGCAGAGACGAGCAUCCAGCGCCAGCAGCCGGGGUAAGGUGGUGAGGAGGACGAGCGUGAACGAGCGCAGUAGCCUGUACAGGAGAGAGCACCAUAAGGAGGCCAUGGUGUGGCAGGACAGGGGAAGACAGGACGGACAGACGGAGGACGAGGACGAGGACAGACAGACAGACGCCGAACUCAAACACAUGACUGCGCCCCCUAGCAGACCGGAGGAUUUGCUUAAUCCGGAUAACGACGGGGGAUUAGAAAAUGGUGAGCGCGACUCUAUCGUGGGAAACGGCAGCACCUUGAUGCCCUCUCCGUCCCUGGUUCCCGUAGAGCCACGCGGCGGUGGACGUUCCUACCAGCUGACUCCUCCCGCGGGGGCAAACGCCGACCCCGGGGACACGGACAGCAUGACGCGGGACAAAUCGCACCAGACGCUAGCGGAGCUGAAACGACAGAGGGCUGCCGCGAAGCUUCAGAAACGGCAGGCUCCGGCUCCGCCCCUGCUUCCUCCCACACAGGAAGAGGCGGGGCCUCCCGAGCAAUCGGCGCAGCCGGUGUACUUCACACCGGCAAGCGGAGAUCCACCGCUUCUCAAGCUGAAGGCACCAGAGGAAGAAGAGCCGGCCAAUCAGAAAGAGCCGUGCUGCGGACUUAUGUAGGGAGCUCUCACGCAUGUGCACACACACACACACACACACACACACACACACACACACACACACACACACACACACACACACUCUGUUGGUUCUCUCCAAAUGCAAUUGGAACUAUCUAAGCUGCAGACUCAUACAGGGAACACACACACACACACACACACACACACACACACACACACACUGCUUCACUGGAAAGCACAGAGGGCAAAAAAGAAAGUGUUCCAGCAAUAAACAAUGCGUUUUUUUUUUGUUUUUGUUUUUUUUGUCUUCGACACUCCAGCGGGCCGUCACUGUAAGAUAAUUACACUUCCUGUCCUCAUUAUCAUGACUUCCUGUCGGAGGAGAGAGACGCCCAAGCUCGAGCACUUUAUUACUUGACCUUCCAUGAACAUUCCCUCAACACGUGCGUUUGAGUCGUCGUUAUUAAUUCUCAGUCUUAAUGGCUCCCUGGUGCUCCUCAAGGGGGCGCUAUUUUAUUAUUAUUAUUAUUAUUAUUAUUAUUAUUAUUAUUAUUAUUAUUAUUAAAUGGUGAACGUGUGUAGGGUGUAAAGAGCCAAAUCCAAAUUGGUUCCCUCGGGUCCAUAUAUCGCAGGAGGAAGGGUGCAGACUCCAGUGUUGUAUUUCAUCUAUUGCACUUAAAUAAUGAUUUAAAAAUCAAAUCCUCACGUUUUGUUAGAUUUUUUUUCUAUUUAGCGGAGGAUGAAAUAAUAAAGAUUUGAGAAAUAAGCUGAAAGAUUUACGAUCCAAAUAUUUUUGUAAAUGAUAUUUUUUUAGAAGCUGCAUUUUUCCCACUCGGGGAAACGCCGGCCGACUUCCCGAAGUCACUUUUUGGCCACAGAAGCGACUUUUCCAGCGUGUAAACACGGAUUAUUGGUGUUUGUAAGAAGGAUUUUCUGCUUGUUAUUGUGCUGAUUAUCACGUUUACGUAUCAUGUGAUCUUUGCCAUUGCGAAUAAAUUUCCUGCCACACAAUAAAAAAAUAUAUAUACAUUUUA